AUGGGGCAGCGAGCGCCGUGUGCGGCAAAUGAGGCGCCUCUGGAGUGGUUGGGAGGGCGCAGGCCCAUUGAUUUGGCCCAGAGCCGGCGCUCCCAGGAAGAUGCCAGCAUGCAGGGAAAACGUUACGGUGGCCGUGUGAGGGGCAGCCAAGCAUGCAAGACGCUCCCAAAAAGACCGCGUUGGCAGUGCGCCACACCAGGCAGUGCCCAGAGGCCCGUCUGGGGCUAG